GGUUUCUUCCCGCAGCAAGAUGACCAAGUUCGACGAGCUCCUCACUCAGUUGGGGACUGGCAAGUGGAACCUGAUCUAUUUCAUCAGCUCCGGCUACUGGUACUUCCUCCUGCCGUCGCAGACCUUCAACAUGAUGUUCUACGCCCCAGUGGUCAACUACACGUGCCUACCACCCGAAGGAGAGAACAUCACUCAAAUAUCAGAAGAUUCGUGCACCUACACAGUGGACAGGUCAUCCUUGGCGGGGUUGGAAGAGAAACACUGCACCGAGUGGGACUUCGACACUUCCGUCUUCACUCGCACUCUCACCUCUGAGUUCGGGCUGGUGUGUCAGAAUUCGUUCCUCCGACCCACCUUUCAGAGCAUCUACCUGUUUUCUACCGUGUUCAGCUCCAUUAUUACCGGAUAUUUAGCUGACAGGUACGGGAGAAAGAUCGUGGUGGUGGUAACGCUGGUGGUGUACAGUCUCGUCUCUCUCAGCAUCUCUGCCGUCACUAACUUCAACGCUAUUCUCGCUCUCCGUUUCAUCAUGGGACUCUUAACCAACCACUGCUCCUACUUGCUUUCGAUGGAGGUGUGUGAGGUGCGGAUGAGGUCCGUGGUGGGGGUGCUGCUGGGUCUGCCAUGGGCUCUGGGCAUGAUGGCCUGGGGCGCCCUAGCCUAUCUUAUCCGUGACUGGCGAUGGCUGCAGUUUACUGCCUCCCUGCCCAUGUUGCUGAUCAUAGGCUUCCUUUUUCUAAUAGACGAGUCACCACGGUGGCUGAUCGUGAAAGGGAGGCACGAGCAGGCGCUGAAGGUUUUGAGGAGGGUCGCCAGGCUCAAUAAGUCCACCCUGCCUCCCGAAGAAGAGCUACGUCUCAUGAUGAGUGACAUCCAGGCCGAGUUUGAGAUAUCCAAGGGGGCGUCUCCGAUGAUGGAUAAGGAGACGCUUAACGAGAAGAAACGGGGUUCCUUUAAAACUCCGGCUCUUUUAAGUACUUCGAAAAUGAGACUCGUCAUUGGCAUCCUGAUCCUGAACAUAUGUACGUGCUCCCUGGUGUAUUGUGGCCUCAAUUUUAGUGGCAACAACUACAGCUCAGAUCCAUUUCUUUUUGUCGUUAUUGGCGGGCUGAUGGAGGUACCGGGUCACACCCUCACCUCCCCCAUUAUCAACCGCUAUGGAAGGAAGAUAUCCAUCAUGAUUGGCUUGUGCAUUUGUGGGGCUGCCCUUCUCUCUCUUGCAUUUAUACCUUCAGAUAUCUCAUGGCUUGUGAUGACGCUUGCCAUGAUUGGUAAACUGACCAUCAGUGGAGUACUUAUUAUCGUCAUACUGUACCAGACGGAGCUGAUCCCCACGGAAGUUCGUAUGCAGGGUGAGGCAACGACCGGCAUGAUGGGACAGCUAGCAUCCGCCGCCUCUCCCUACCUUAUCGAUAUCCCGGGCCCAAUGCGUUCCUGGUUGCCGUCCACGAUCUUCGGAGUGUCAUCUUUUUUGUCUGCCUUGAGUCUCCUAACGCUGCCGGAGACUCGGUUGAUGGCAAUGCCUGAUACCAUCAACGACCUGGAGGACGUAUUUUCCGAGAAGAAAAAAGUUGGCGAGGAACGGGAGGUAAAUGGAGAAGCUGUAGACGUAAACAUGUCUUGAGCACAACUUGAACACGUCCUGAAUACAACCUAAAUACGUCACCAACCCGUCCUAACACAGCCUGAGCACAUCAUCAACAUGUCCUGAACUCAACCUCAACUUGACUGCAACACGUUCUGAACACAAUCUAAAUACUUCUGUAGCACGUCCUAAACGCAUCUUCAACACGGAUGCAACGAGUCCUCAUUCAACAGUCCACGUUGUGCAGUGUUAAUGAACUUAAGAUAAUUAUAACCCAACUUUCUUUAUGUACAAAAUAAUGUGAUGUAUCAGUGUGCUGAGUUCUUCGCCCUGUAACGUCACUUCCGCUGGGAACAAGUGAUUAUCAACUGUUCGCGGUGAAAGCAUCUGACUGACGGCCACAAAUAGAGAAUAUAAUUUUGGA